UUUGCCUUUUAGCCCGUGCGACGAAAAUUAUGGCUAUUUAUUGGGAUAAUUUGAUUAUUCUUGAGGAUUAUAUCCUAAACAUUACAGUAUUUACUUAAAAAUUCGAUCGGAAUUAGAGAAGAUAAUGGAAGACCCCACUUUUAGUGAUAAAAUAGAAGAGUACCUUUCGGAGCUCGGGCGAUGGAGGGUGUGGCGUAGCAUUCUUUUGGGGCAAGUUCUGUCAUUGUUGCUAAGUGGAAAAUGUAUAUUGACCACUUUACUGCAAAGUGCUACUUGGCAGUUUCCCACGACUGGGCAGCUCGUCGUCCCGUACCUAGCACUGUUUAUAUUAUUCACUCCAUCCCUACUCUGUAAUGGUCUGAAGAGCUUGUCCAAAAAAUGGUGGGUGGUAAUAAUAGCCUGUACCCUGGAUGUGACAGCAAGUUGGUUGCUGGUAAUGUCACAGCGCUUUACAUCAGUACUCAGCUGACAGCUGCUGGCCUGCAGCGGAGUAGGGGCUGCGUUAGUUGGAGGAGCCUGGCGCGGACAGAGACUUGGAGUAGUCCAUGUAGCAGGUGCCACUAUG